AAUCGCCUGGCCCCUCCUGCCGCGGGGGUACCUGGGAAGAGGCGGAGAACAAUAUGGCGGAUGGCGAGGAGCCGGAGAAGAAAAGAAGGAGAAUAGAGGAGCUGCUGGCUGAGAAAAUGGCUGUUGAUGGUGGGUGUGGGGACAUUGGAGACUGGGAAGGUCGCUGGAACCAUGUAAAGAAGUUCCUCGAGCGAUCUGGACCCUUCACACACCCUGAUUUCGAACCGAGCACUGAAUCUCUCCAGUUUUUGUUAGAUACAUGUAAAGUUCUAGUCAUUGGAGCUGGCGGCUUAGGAUGUGAGCUCCUGAAAAAUCUGGCAUUGUCUGGUUUUAGACAAAUUCAUGUUAUAGACAUGGACACUAUAGAUGUUUCCAAUCUAAAUAGGCAGUUUUUAUUUAGGCCUAAAGAUGUUGGAAGACCUAAAGCCGAAGUUGCUGCAGAAUUUCUAAAUGACAGAGUUCCUAAUUGCAAUGUAGUUCCACAUUUCAACAAGAUCCAGGAUUUUAAUGACACUUUCUAUCGACAAUUUCAUAUAAUUGUAUGUGGACUAGACUCUAUCAUAGCCAGAAGAUGGAUAAAUGGCAUGCUGAUAUCUCUCCUAAAUUAUGAAGAUGGUGCAUUAGAUCCAAGCUCCAUUGUCCCUUUGAUAGAUGGGGGGACAGAAGGUUUUAAAGGGAAUGCCCGGGUGAUUCUGCCUGGAAUGACUGCUUGCAUUGAAUGCACACUGGAACUUUAUCCACCACAGGUCAAUUUUCCCAUGUGCACCAUUGCAUCUAUGCCCAGGCUACCAGAACACUGUAUUGAGUAUGUAAGGAUAUUGCAGUGGCCUAAGGAGCAACCUUUUGGAGAAGGGGUUCCAUUAGAUGGAGAUGAUCCUGAUCAUAUUCAGUGGAUUUUUCAAAAAUCCCUAGACAGAGCAUCACAAUAUAGUAUUAAGGGUGUUACAUAUAGACUCACUCAAGGGGUAGUGAAACGAAUCAUUCCUGCAGUAGCUUCUACAAAUGCAGUCAUUGCAGCUGUGUGUGCCACUGAGGUUUUUAAAAUAGCCACAAGUGCAUAUAUUCCCCUUAAUAAUUACUUGGUAUUCAAUGAUGUAGAUGGACUGUACACAUACACAUUUGAAGCCGAGAGAAAGGAAAAUUGCCCAGCUUGUAGCCAGCUUCCACAAAAUAUUCAGUUUUCUCCAUCAGCUAAACUACAGGAAGUUUUGGAUUAUCUAACCAAUAGUGCUUCUCUGCAGAUGAAAUCUCCAGCCAUCACAGCCACAUUAGAGGGAAAAAAUAGAACACUUUACUUACAGUCAGUAACUUCUAUUGAAGAACGAACAAGGCCAAAUCUCUCCAAGACAUUGAAAGAAUUGGGACUUGUUGAUGGGCAAGAACUGGCGGUUGCUGAUGUCACCACACCACAGACUGUACUAUUCAAACUUCAUUUUACCUCUUAAGGAAAAUAAAUCUGCAUAUAAUAGAAAAUUGA